GAAAAAAGUAGUGACAACGCUACACGAUUGGCUGCAGCCACAAAAAAAAUGGAUAGCUUCUGACCGCCUGCCGCAUCGAGAAUGGCAGGAACCUCAUCCAGCAAUACUGCAGAUAAAAUCUUGGGUUUACACAGUAUUUGUGCUGAGCAGCGAGCUUUUACGUAUACAUCAUGGAUGAUCUAUACGAUGAGUUCGGCAAUUAUAUCGGUGAAGGUGGAUUGUCGGAAGAGGAAUCGCAACAUGGCGAUGCGCCUGCUGCGGGCUACAUCUAUGAGGAGUCUGAGGAGGGCGACGUGCAUGAGGCAGCCGAUCAGGAGCUGAUGGAAGUUGACGAAGGACCGUCAAAUGCAGUGAUACUUCAUGAAGACAAGCAAUACUACCCAAGCGCACAGCAAGUGUACGGGGCCGAGGUCGAGACAUUAGUACAAGAGGAAGAUGCCCAACCGCUUACGGAACCAAUCAUCAAUCCGAUUCAGGACAAGAAAUUCGCGCUCCAGGAAGCAGACCUCCCACCAGUCUUUUACUCUCGAGAGUUUAUGGCAGACCUGCUCAAAUUUCCGGAACAAAUAAGAAAUGUUGCAAUAGCAGGCCAUCUUCACCACGGAAAAACCGCGUUCAUGGACAUGUUAGUUAUGCAGACUCAUGACAUAAGGGAUCGAUUGGAAAGGCGCACGGGUAGAAAGCGAGAUGAACAACUGCGCUACACUGAUGUACAUCUUCUGGAGAGACAACGAGAAUUGUCAAUCAAGUGUGCACCGAUGAGUUUGGUUUUACAGGGUAGUAAGGGGAAGUCUCACCUAUUCAAUAUCUUGGACACACCGGGUCAUGUCAAUUUUGUUGACGAAGUUGCGGCAUCCUUCCGUCUGGCCGACGGCGUGGUGCUCGUUGUUGAUGUUGUGGAGGGUGUCCAGGCCAAUACCGAGCAGAUUAUCAAAUACGCAGUAUUGGAGGAUUUGGCUUUAGUCUUGGUUGUCAACAAAAUGGACAGGUUAAUCCUUGAACUCAAGCUCCCGCCAAAUGACGCCUAUUUCAAGCUGAAACACGUGAUUGAAGAAGUCAACUCAAAGAUAGAGAGUGUCAUUCCUGGUAGAGGAGAAAGCCGGCGACUGAGUCCUGAGAAAGGAAACGUUGCCUUUGCCAGCAGUUCUAUGAAUUGGUGCUUUACGCUAUCCUCAUUUGCGCAAAUGUACACUGAACGCUAUUCCAAACUUGAUAUCUCAGACUUUGCGCGACGCCUGUGGGGUGACAUUUUCUACAACCCCAGAAGCAGAAAAUUCACACGAAAAGGGAUUGAAGAAGGGGCUAAGCGGUCCUUCGUGAAUUUUGUGCUGGAGCCCAUAUAUAAGCUUUAUUCACAUACUAUCAGCGAGAGCCCGGAGGAUUUGAAAGAGACAUUAGCGAGUCUAAACAUAUCUUUAAAACCUUCUCAACUCAAGGCCGACGCGAAGGUGCUUUUGAGUCUUGUCUGCGAGCAAUUCUUUGGUCCUGCGGCUGGGUUCGUCGACAUGGUUGUCCAACACGUACCAUCUCCUGUCGAAGGAGCAUCAAAAAAGUUGGAUAGGUAUUACAUUGGGCCUCAGGAUACCAAUGUUGCUAGAUCCAUGGCAGCUUGUGACCAGAACGGGCCUUUAGUUAUUCAUGUCACGAAGCUAUACAACAGUGUUGACGCUUCCACCUUUAACGCGUUCGGCAGAGUUAUGAGUGGUAUUGCUCAACCGAAUCAACAAGUCCGAGUACUAGGAGAGGGAUACUCACUUGAUGACGAGGAAGAUAUGGCGAUCGCGACUAUAUCUGAAACAUGGAUCGCUGAAUCUAGAUAUAACAUUUCCACUGACGGAGUACCCGCAGGUAAUUGGGUACUCCUCAGUGGUGUGGACAAUUCCAUCGUGAAGACUGCAACUCUUGUUCCUCUCAAAUUGGAAAAUGAUGAAGAUGCAUAUAUCUUUAAACCGAUCCGUCAUAUGACUGAGUCGAUAUUCAAAGUUGCUGUGGAACCUAUCAAUCCGUCUGAGCUUCCAAAAAUGUUAGAGGGACUUCGCAAGAUUAACAAGAGCUAUCCUUUAAUCUCUACUAAAGUAGAAGAGUCUGGAGAACAUGUUAUACUUGGGACUGGAGAACUCUACAUGGAUUGCGUUCUCCAUGAUCUACGCCGGCUCUAUGCUGAGAUGGAACUGAAAGUAUCAGAUCCUGUGACUAGAUUCUGCGAGACUGUUAUAGAGACUUCAGCUAUCAUGUGCUAUUCUAUCACACCCAACAAAAAGAAUAAAGUCACCAUGAUUGCCGAGCCACUAGACGAUGGUAUUUCGGAAGACAUCGAGAGCAGUCGUGUCAGCAUUAAAGACCCAAUUCGCAAAGUUGCAAAGUUUUUCGAAGAGAAUUAUGAUUGGGAUAAAUUGGCAGCGCGAAGCAUUUGGGCCUUUGGUCCGGAUGAGACUGGGCCUAACAUCUUACAGGACGACACUCUCCCCUCCCAGGUAGACAAGAAACUUCUCGGCACAGUACGCGACUCAGUCAUUCAGGGCUUCAGUUGGGGCACGAGAGAAGGCCCGUUAUGUGAAGAACCUAUUCGCAAUGUCAAAUUCAAGCUCACGGAUGUUACCCUUGCCGACCAAGCUAUAUAUCGUGGAGGUGGACAAAUUAUCCCUACCACCAGGCGUGCGGUUUAUUCCUCGUUCCUCAUGGCUUCUCCUCGAUUAAUGGAGCCAAUCUAUUCGUGCGAAAUGCUUGGACCAGCGGAUGCAGUGGCAUCAGUGUAUACCGUAUUGUCACGCCGCAGGGGUCACGUGCUCUCAGAUGGACCUGUCGCUGGAACGCCAUUGUAUUCUGUUCGAGGCCUGAUUCCAGUGAUUGACUCCUUUGGUUUCGAAACAGAUCUUCGAAUCCACACGCAAGGCCAAGCCACUGUAAGCUUGGUAUUUGACAAAUGGAGCGUUGUACCAGGCGAUCCCCUUGAUCGUGACGUCAAGCUCAGACCAUUAGAGAUGGCGAAUGCGCAGGCUACCGCUAGAGAUUUUGUACUUAAGACUCGAAGGCGAAAGGGAUUAGCAGAGGAUGUGACCGUCAGCAAAUUCCUGGAGCCAGAGCUGUGGAAGGGUCUCAAAGAUAGCGGGGUCCUCGAGGGAUGAGCUUUUUCGCUUUGAAACUUUUUGGAUGGCAAGUCGUCUCAAAUUUUUUGUAACAAUAGCGUGUCAAAAAAGAAUAGCGGUAAUUAAUGGAGUAAGGUCCACGGCGACUCGGCAAAGUUAGACAACUGUACAUUGCACACCAGUAAAUUCCAUAAACACAUGCUGCACUGAUAAGUAGCACUUAAUAGACCACUUAAAUUUAUUGACAGUUUUCCAACAUUUUCCCAAUAACCCCCAUCAGUGUUCCAUUUUCUAAUGCCGCAGCUACUCGCUCCUUGUCGGCCAGCUGUUUAUUCACCUCUUCAGCGGUGCUAUGCGUUCCCUGUUUGAUCCGGACGUCGACACGGAAGCGAGACGGCAACGACUGCUCCAACCGAACGCGUAC